UCGUACGCCAGUCCAGGAAGUAAACUGUCCGGUUCAGUCAGCGAAACGAGAAAGAAGUAAAGUGAGAGCAGCAGAUACUCGUUAAAUCCAGCAGUUCAACUUGGUUUCCUGAAGCCGUCUGACGGGACACCGCAGCGGUUCCUUGCCACAGUGUUUCUGCGGACACGGUGAAGCUGACAGUCGUGUACGGUGAAGUACACACAUACACACACACACACACACACACACACACACACACACACACACACACACACACACCCACUUUAGAUGAUGGUGGACGUCACGCUGGCUCAAGUGGGCAAGAAUCUGAGUGAUGCCAUGAGGAUCUUGGGAGAUGGACAGAGAGAGCUGGAGGCAGGAACAGAGAGACGGCGCUUCAGUAGAACCAGCAUUCCUGGACCCCUGCAGGGAGAUGGUCAGGAUGUUGCCACUAUUCUGCACCUAGUUCACAACCUCAUUCAUGAAGAGGAGGAGGAAGAGGACAAGCCAAGCCAACAUAGGAUGCAGAAUGUGGGUGAACAGGGUCACAUGGCGCUGCUGGGUCACAGCCUGGCAGCCUACAUCUCAGUGUUGGACAGAGAGCGACUGCGGAAGCUGACCACUCGGAUCCUGUCUGACACCACACUGUGGCUCUGCAGACUGUUCAGGUAUGAGAGUGGUUCAGCCUACUUCCAUGAAGAUGACAGGGAUGGCCUUGUCAAAGUGUGUCGGCUGGUCAUCAAUGCCCGUUAUGAAGAAUAUGCCUCUGAGGGCUAUGCAGUCCUCAGCUCAAAACAGCCAAUCAUCUACCAGAGCGCCUCCUGCAGGCCUGGCCUGGGACAGCACCUAUGCAGCCAGCUCGGCCUGCCUCUCUCCAGUUUGUGCACAGUCCCAUGCAACACCAUCUUUGGAUCCCAACACCAAAUGGAUGUCGCCCUGUUGGACAAACUAAUCAAAGAGGACAUAGAAGCUGGGAAGCUUCCUUUGCUGUUGAUUGCCAAUGCAGGUACUCCUGGGGCUGGCCAUACAGACAAGCUUGGUCGUCUGAAGGACCUUUGUGAUCAGUACACCAUGUGGCUCCAUGUGGAGGGAGUCAACCUGGCAACUCUGGCACUGGGUCAGGCUACAUCUGCUGUCAUGGCAGCCACCAAAAGUGACAGUAUGACACUGACACCAGGUCUGUGGCUGGGAUUGCCUGCUGUAACUGCUGUCACCCUCUACAGACAUGAAGACCCAGCACUGUCUCUGGCAGCAGGUUUGACCUCCAGCCAGCCAGUGGAGAAGCUACGAGCGCUGCCUCUCUGGCUCUCUCUGCAGUACCUCGGUCACAAUGGAAUUGUCCAGAAGAUCAGACAUGCCACUGCUCUGAGCCAGCAACUGCUGCAGAAGCUAAAAACUUUGACCUCCAUCAAAACAUCGGUGGAGGAUGAACUCAACUCUCCUGUGGUGCUAUUCAAAUUUUCCCAGGAAAUGAGUGCUGCAUCCAGUGGGGGUUCAGUGGAGGGUUACUGUGCUGGUGAGAAAGAGGUGCUUGAUGCCUUCAACAGAUGGCUGGGUGAGCAGCUGGCCCAGCUGGUUCCCAACAGUGGGAUAGAUGUGGUGGAGCUUGAAGAUGAGGGUACCUGUGUUCGUUUCAGCCCACUCCUGACCGCUGCAGUCCUGGGGACCCAGCAGGAGGAUGUGGAGGACCUGGUGGAGAAGCUGUCAGAGCUGGUGCCUGUGAUGAGCUCCACAAUGUCCCUCAGACAGGACUUCAGAGAGGAGACCCACCGACACUCGCCCUCCCUCAGAUACAUGGAGGAGCUCAGCUGGCCUGGCCUGGGGGCUGUUCAGUACGAGCCACAGGCUGAAGGAAUGGAUGAGAGCAGGACAAAGCAGGAGCUGAAGAAAAUCAACACUGAGCUGCUGAAGAAACUACAAGACCUUGACACUGACAUCAUCUUUUCCACUGGCCCUGAGUUUGGGACAGAGGACUGUAUCUUUGUGAGCAUGGUAACGGAGGACGUCGAUGUUUCAGAACUGGUGGACACAAUAGCUGCGCUGGGAAGGGACAUAGAAGAGAGCGGAAGGCUAUUGGAGAACAUGACAGAGGUGGUGAGGAAAGGCAUCCUGGAGGCAGAGCUGCAGCUGCAAAAAGCCAAUGAGGAGAAACUCAUGGAAGAGGGGAUGCUAAGACAACUUCCUCUGGUUGGCUCUGUGUUAAACUGGUUCUCUCCAGUUGAAAGCUCCAUUAAGGGCAGGACCUUCAACCUGGCUGCAGGUUCCCUGGACUCCACAGAGGUGACAUACUCCACUAAGGCCCAGGCAGGCAGGCCUUCCCUGCAAGACUCUCCCACCUCCUCAUCAAAGAGACUGCCAGGUCAGAGGUUAUUCCGGCGCUCCGGGGCAGGCUCCGACUCCUUCAGUGAAACUAGCUCCAUCGGACAGGCUGAGGAAACAACCGGGGAAGGGGGUACCACUCUGAGCAGUAGCAUUCACCCACCCACCUCUCCGUCCGUACCUGAGGAAGACGUGCAGAUUACAUGUGAUGUCAUACCAGAAGAAGUUCAGGAGUCAUGUGUGCAGGAGCACAUGCAGGUAGAGACUGAAGAGGCCUCAGAGGAGAGGACCCCUGAAGGCCAAGAGGUGGAGCAGAGCAGAGGAUAGGACAACUCUUUCUGCAAGUGUCCUCCAGCCGUCCUCUAAAUGGUACCAGCCUAACAGAUGUUAAAAAGAAAUGUUAUUAUGUUGUGAAUCUAAUUCUUCCAAAAGAAAACAGAGACAGAGAUAGUUUGGGCUGUUUGUCUCUCUCAUUUGGCUCUGUCCUAUAGUUUUAGGACAGCAAGGAGUCAAGGAUACAUUCUCCCCUGGACACUCUUACACUGUGAUGCUCAGUUCAGUGCAUUCUAGUGAUUUGGUGAUAAAAUGUUCUAAUAUGAUAUUUUGGCAUACCCACUUUUCCUCCACCUGUGGCUGCAGCAUUCUGUGUUUUCCCCGCACUUUUCAGAAUGCCUUUAAACAACUCCCAAAAAGGAACAUGAGCUGUUGAGGCUACUGUCAGGGGAGUUAUGAUUAUACCUGCCUGCUUGGUGAAUAUCCCCCUGUAUGAUUGUUUCCCAUUUUGGGGUGAUGAAAAAAUGUUUUGCUGUCAAACUCCUUUUGGAGCUGCACUAAUAUUUUGAUAGAACAUUGCAUUAUCUCUGAUUUAUUCAAAGGGAUAACAAGAAUACAGUAAAGGACAGAAUGCAGCCAGAAAUGUAAACAUGCCAAAAGCAGUGAUAACGUGUUUAAGGGUGGAUUUUUCCUUUUAAAGUCCAGUGACAUCCAGCCCUGCUUAGUGUCUCUACAGUUUUACACUCAGUUGAUGACUUCAGGGUGUGAGUAAAGAGCAGAGGAGUAGCCAUAUUGUAUACAGAUUUUUUUUAGCUUCAAAGAGAAAAAUGUUUGAUUCAGGACCAGAGUUUCCAUCUAAUAGUCCAUUCACUUCACCUCUCAACUGGAAAUGAAGCAGUGAGUCUUGCUACAAUUAAAAUGUUACGAUUGCACCUCACUGUAAAUAGAUGAUAUAUAUCUAAUCCACCCAGUUAUUUACUAUGAUAAUUUAUGCUAAAAUAAAUCUGUAUAGAAGGAGUAGAGUAUUGUGCAAAACCUAAUCUAUUUAACGCCUAAUGCCUACUGAUUAUACCAGUCACCUGCGUAUGAGCUUCAAACACUCCCUCCAUGUGUGCACUGCCCCACAAUACUACGAUGAAGUAUCAAGGCCACUGCUGGGGGAGAAAAAAAUCUUAAAUAAAGAAUAAAGUUGGGAUAGUUUGAGGAAAAAAAAAGUCAGAUUGUUAUGACACUAAAGUAUCAGAAAGUCACAAUAUUACAAGAAUAAAGCUGUAAUUUUCCACAGAAAACAAAUAAAGUUAGAAUUUUACAGUAAUUUGAUGAUAUUACGAGAUUAAGUUAUAAUUGUGCAAGAAACAGUUGUGAUAAAGUUGUAAUUUUGCCAGAGCAAGUUAUGAUAUGAGAAAAAGUCAUAUUAAUAAAGUUGUUGAAACUUUACAAGAAAAGGUCAUGAUGCUAAACCAUAAGGUAGUCAACAAAAUUUCCAGAUGGAUUGGUUAGAGAUUGUCCACAUCUCUACAGUUACAUUUUUCCCUGUAAAAGACUUGUGUUUUGACUGCAGUCAUUUUUCUACUGUAACUUCCUCUGUUGCUCUGCAUGACUGUUUGAAUUUGACUCUGCCACAAGUUCUUGUUGGAGGUUAGUGAGAAAACAGCAGAACAUCAACAUUCACUCAAUGCACAACCUGUAAUCAUUUCAUUUCAACGUCCUUGACUAAGUAAAAAUUGCAACUUUGUUCCCAUUGCUUAAUAUAAGCUUUAAUAUUAUGAUAAUAUUAAGACUUUUUUUUUUCAAAAAUGUUUUGAGUAACUUCUCCAAAUCUCAGCAGUGGCUCUGGUAUUAUCUAUCUAUCUGGUGUCAUACAAUACAAAUGCAGCACAGGCUAUUGUGAAAAAAACCAUUAUAAUUGCACAUGCAGUUGGGGCCAGAGUAGUACAAACUUUUACAUUUUUAUGUAAAUCUCUUUUUAUUUUUGUCAACAAUGCAACCUGAGUAAAACGUGUCAUAGAGGUGCACUGCUUUGCAGGUAUUUACAGUAUGAGGAAUAUUUAUUUUCUUUGCCAAAAACAUCCCUCCAGACCUGGGUCAAAGUACUGUGUUUUGAGGAUUAACUUUUAAACCUUUUACAAGUGCCAUAUUAGAGGGCCAAACAGGUGCUUUAUUUGUUUUGGACCAUUCAGUUGAUUCUGCUAGGUGAGGAAAUUCACCUUGAUAUCAUUUGGUAUAAAUAAUCACAGUAAGUACAGGCUGGUGAUUAUGAGCAUGUGUGCACUUUAUUAAUGUUGAUUUAAAGGAUUUUUGUGUGUAGAAGUUCACGUAGGUUCAACAGUUACAUCUGACUGCCUGGGACCACCAGUGUGCUAAACUGCUUAUAGAAGCUUUCAAGAAACAUUGGGCCUCAUGUUAGAAUAUUUUCAUAUUCAUCUCUUAAAUCUCCCUUUCUUUUGUUCUGUGAGAUUUGUUCGUUGUUCCAGGUUGGUUCCAUCAAACUCUCAUAACUGCACUACCUUGUCAUUAAUUGCUUGUUUGAACUUAAUGAAUGCCACUUGCUCAUGA